AUGGAACCCCCACCAUCACCACCACCAGUACCGGUUCCUACAGUUGCCCCAACUCCACCUCAGCCUGCCUCUAUGCAUUCGAUGUGGCUUCGUUCUCAUGUACGACCACCACAGGCCCUAAACGCAACUGUAGUUAUUACUGAACCAACUUCUUUUUCGCAGGCUAAUAAAGUAAUGGAGUGGCGAAAGGCCAUGGCUGAGGAGUUCAAUGCUUUGCUCAGGAUUGACACUUGGUCUCUUGUUCCCCGCACCACUCAGAUGAAUCUUAUUGGCAAUAAAUGGGUGUACAGGAUUAAGCAAAAGGCCGAUGGGUCUCUUGAGCGCUAUAAAACGCGUCUGGUUGCGAAGGGAUUUCAUCAGCAGCAUGGUUUAGAUUAUGGUGAAACUUUCAGUCCGGUUGUCAAACCUACCACCAUUCGGUGUGUUCUGUCUAUUGCAGUAUCCAACGGCUGGCCCAUUCGCUAG